AUGCUGAGUUCCAUCAAGUGUGUGUUGGUGGGAGACUCUGCUGUGGGGAAAACCUCUCUGUUAGUGCGCUUCACCUCAGAGACCUUCCCAGAGGCCUACAAGCCCACAGUGUAUGAAAAUACAGGUGUAGACGUCUUCAUGGAUGGCAUCCAGAUCAGCCUGGGCCUCUGGGACACAGCUGGCAAUGAUGCCUUCAGGAGUAUCCGCCCUCUGUCCUACCAGCAGGCAGACGUGGUGCUGAUGUGCUACUCCGUGGCCAACCAUAACUCCUUCCUGAACCUGAAGAACAAGUGGAUCGGUGAAGUCAGGAGCAACCUGCCCUGCACCCCCGUGCUGGUGGUGGCCACCCAGACUGACCAGCGGGAGGUGGGGCCCCACAGGGCUUCCUGCGUCAACGCCAUAGAAGGAAAGAGACUGGCCCAGGAGGUGAGAGCCAAGGGCUACCUGGAGUGCUCAGCCCUCAGCAACCGGGGGGUACAGCAGGUAUUUGAGUGUGCCGUCCGGACUGCCAUCAACCAGGCCAGGAGACGCAACAGAAGGAGGUUCUUCUCCGUUAACGAGUGCAAGAUCCUCUAAACCCCAAAGACUCCACCCAGCAGUCACUUACCGCAAAGACUAACUGGGACAGGGAGAGCAGGCAAGCCAGCAAGGGUCGAUGCGCCUUCUGGGCACGCCCUGAGCAGCCUGAAACAGC